CACAAGACAGUACGUCGUCUGCAGUUAGCACACACCUACACGCACGAAAGGCACGUACGUCGGUGAUCGAUCGAAGAGGCUUGUUGAGAUGGAGAUGCCGAGGGUCUCUGAGGAAACCGUGGCCGCCGUCGUGCCCAUCGCCGUGUACUGGGCCUACGCCGGCGUGCACACGGCGCUGGGGCAUUCGCGGCUCAUGGACAAGUACAGGCUCAACACCAAGGACGAGGAGGACCGCAAGAACAUGGUGUCCAAGCGCGCCGUCAUCCUCAACGUCCUCAUGCAGCACCUCAUGCAGCUCGCCGCCCUGGCCGUGCUCGCCAUGGUUACGGGAGGAAGAGGAGCGACGGCGUCCAAGGCCGCUGGCGGCUCACGGGCGGAGGCGUACCUGACGGCGGCGGCCCGGAUCGCGGUGGCUGUGCUGGUGUUCGACGCGUACCGGUACGCGUGGCACCGGCUGGCGCACAUCAACCGGUUCAUUUACCGGCACCUCCACUCGUGGCACCACCGCAUCGUGGUGCCCUACGCGUUCGGCGCCAUCUACGGCCACCCGAUCGAGGUCCUCAUCGCCGACACGGCCGGCGCCUCGCUCGCCGUCCUCGUCACCGGCCUGUCGCCGCAUUCGCCGCGCGCCACGGCCGUCUUCCUCACCCUCUGCACCGUGAAGGCCAUCGACAACCACUGCGGCGUGUGCCUGCUGCCGCGCCGCCUGCAGUCCGUCUGGAACGGCGCCGCGUACCACGGCGUGCACCACAUGCCGCGCGGCGUCCGGUACAACUUCUCCGACCUCUUCUUCGUGACGUGGGACCAUGUGUUCGGGACACACAUGCCCUACGCCGUCGAGGAGAGGCCGGGCGGCGACGGCCUCGUGCUCAAGCCCCUGCCGCCUACCAAGGCAACUAAUUAGUUAACGGCAUGCUCGAUCAGGCAUGCAGUUACUACGUAUUACUCCUAGUACUAAUGAGUAUAAUUAUAUGUAGAUUAGUCAAUAAGCAAGCAAGUUGCAUGUGUACGUACGUGUGGCUUGCAUGCAUGCAGCUACAAAACUGGAGUAGAAGCAGCCAGUGAGAUGUGCGUGUUGAAGUCAGCGGGUAGACGUGAGCCGGUCAAACUAUUUGCUCGCUGCGCCGAGUGCCGACCAUAGCACGCAUGUGCUCAGUAUUUUUUGUUUUGUUUUGAGUCACUCUAUGUAUUAUAUUCCAUUCAAUAAAGUGUAGAAGUCUCAAUCUGCUAG